AUUUCACUCUUUCCAACCACCAAAUUCCUUUCCCUCGAUAAUACUAAUCAAUCUCCGAGUAAUUAAUUACACUAAUUAAUCGUACCCUCUUUUAUUUACAUUUACCGCGCUAUUCUCUCUCUCUCUCUCUCUCAACACAGAAUCUAACCACAACGAGAAUCGCGUUCUGCAUAAUCUUUUUUUUUUUUUUCUUUCAAUUUUCAGUGGCAUCUUCAGUUAACUUGCAAGCUCAAACAACAACAAAUUACAAUUCUAGCUUAACAGAAUCGAUUUUUCUUGUUAAUCUAACCGUUACGUGAUUCCGCAUAAUCGUAACCGUGCAAUCAAGGAAAGGAUUAUUACGUUUAUGAUUUUCCAGGUUGCUUCGCCGGUGAGGCUCCGACGACGACGAUUACUACCGUGUGCGGUGGUGAUGUAGCGAUUUAGGUUAUUUAGCUGGAUGUAUAAAGGUGUAAGAUAAAUGCGUGUCACCGGGGAUCUAGGGUUUAGGAGCCUGGUCCUUGUGGUGGUUUGUGUGGUGGUUCCGGUGAUCGGAUUUGUAAUUCGUCGGAAAUGGCAAAUUGCGGUGGCUAGAAAUGAAGAGAUCAAGAGGCUCUUGAUUUUGGCUGCUGAGGAAACUGCCAGGGUUGAGAGAGAGACGUUGUAUUCCUCCGGUGCGGUGGUUUCCGCCACUAACAAUUAUCAAUGUGCUCUCUGCUAUUUUCCUGCCACUGCGCGCUGCGCUAAGUGCAAAUCUGUUCGAUACUGCUCUACCGGUUGCCAAACAGUUCAUUGGCAUCAGGGUCAUAAAUUUGAUUGUCGUCCUCCUAGCAAAACUCAUCGGAGCAAUGGCGUUAGUGAUAUUGGAAAGAGGGAAUUGGAGCAUGAUUACUCUGGUAACCAUGAGGAGAAAUCUGAAAACAGAGGUGCAGAGUGUAAAAUACCCUAUGAAGAUACCGGCUUUUCUCCUGAGGUUUCAUUUGGAAAGGAUGAUAAUAUUCGUGCUGGGUUCCUUGCAGAGGAAAAUUUAGCAGAUUCUAAUUCUGAAUUUUCCAGUAACUCAUUUUCUGGAUUUUCGGCUUCCACAAGUUCUGGUGAUUCAUCUGAUGAUUCGUCUGUCUGUGAGAGUAUCAUCUCAAAUGAGCAUGACAUAUCAGAGGGACAUGUUUCUGUUGCUCACACCCUUGACCUUACUGAUAAAACCACAAUUGAUAGCAAGGUGGAUGCAGCAAUGUCUUCUUCACCAAAGUUUGCUAGUUUGCUUGAUUCAGUUGAUGGUUCUUCUACAGUUCAUAAGUUAAAUCAUGUCGCUCCUGGUUCUAGUAAUGAAGAGAGGAAGGUUGGAUCAAAUGGUGCCUUAGGCUCGAGCAUAGGGAAGGGGGCGAAAAUUGAGCCUUCUGGAUUCUGGGAUAAAGCUCUUGACUCGAGAGGGAUUAAAGAUGACACUUAUCCAUCCCAUUCUGAUGAAUCAGCUGGUGAAAAGACCGACUCUGGAUUGUCAUUUCGCUUUCAAUUCAGUACCACACCUCCUUUGCAUAUACAAGAUACCAAGGCUAAAGAAUCUUCGAAUGAUGACACUCUUCCAAACCCUGUUGGGAAGAAUAUGCCACAUCCAGGACCAGCAUCAUCUGAAAAUGUAAUUCAUUCUUCAAAGGCAAGGAACCUCUCAUUCAUCAACGGCAAAGAUGCCAAUAUUAUGAGCACUACUCCCGGUGGUUCUGAACAUGAUCAAUUAGAAUCUAAAGACAGGUCUGAGCCGCCUCUAUAUUCUUUUUCCUCCCAAACCUCUAGUAUUGGCAAAGAUCCAGGUUCUGCAGAUGCUAUGAGCAUACAUAACUUUCAAUCAUCUAGCUCUGUGGCAUCAAAUCAUGUUAUGGACAACCAUGGCUGCACCUUGAAGUCUACCGAUAUUAGAUGCCAGACACGUGGGCUUGCUGAUUCUAAAUUAGUUUCUACAAUUGAAGUAAAUUCACAUCCCGGUACAAAACAUAGGAAGAAUGAAUAUGGGACUGUCACUUCUUCUCAUGCUGCUAGCUAUUCUGCAAAUUCUAAGAGUGGCUUGAAAACAUCUGUUUUAAAAGUUGUUGAUCAGUUUAGAGGAUCAAAUUUGUCAAAGCACGUUCCUUCAGCAGCCAGGAGUGAUAUUGCUGGAAAAUACAAUGACAAGGGUUUUUUUCCAUAUGAAACAUUUGUCAAGCUUUAUAACUCCAACAAGGUGGAGUUGCGCCCAUUCGGUCUUAUAAAUAUUGGAAACAGUUGUUAUGCUAAUGCUGUACUUCAGUGCCUAGCUUUUACACCACCCUUAUCUGCUUAUUUGGUUCAAGGACUGCACUCUAAAUCAUGUUCAAAUAAAACAUGGUGUUUCAUCUGUGAAUUUGAAAGAUUGAUUUUCAAGUCAAAGGAUACAAAAUCUCCACUAUCUCCAACAGGCAUACUUUCUCAACUACAGAGUAUUGGGAGUCAGCUCGGAAAUGGCAAAGAAGAAGACGCUCAUGAAUUUCUAAGGCAUGCUAUUGACACAAUGCAAUCUGUAUGCCUUAUGGAAGCUGGGAUUAAUGCAUCAGGUUCAUCGGAAGAGGACACUACUUUAAUGGGUCAAACAUUUGGAGGAUACCUUCGAUCGAAGAUAAAAUGCAUGAAAUGUGGUGGGAAGUCCGAGCGUCAGGAAAGGAUGAUGGAUCUAACUGUUGAGAUAGAAGGGGAGAUAUCAACACUUGCGGAGGCCCUUCGAAGGUUUACAAGCACUGAGACUUUGGAUGGAGAAAACAAGUACCACUGUGUCAGGUGUAAAUCUUAUCAGAAGGCCAAGAAGAAGCUGACAGUUUCAGAGGCACCCAAUAUUCUUACAGUUGCAUUGAAGAGAUUUCAGUCUGGAAAAUUCGGGAAGCUCAACAAGCCUGUUCAAUUUCCGGAAAUACUUGACCUGGCACCUUUCGUGAGUGGGACCAGCGAUAAGACACCCAUUUACAGAUUGUACGGAGUGGUUGUUCAUUUGGAUGUUAUGAAUGCUUCUUUUUCGGGUCACUAUGUGUGCUACUUGAAGAAUAUUCAAAAUAAAUGGUUCAAGGUUGACGACAGUGUGGUAACAGCAGUUGAAUUAGAGAGAGUCUUGACAAAAGGAGCAUAUAUGCUUUUUUAUGCAAGGUGCUCUCCAAGGGCCCCAAAAUUGAUCAGAAACAGGAUACUAUCCCAAGAUUCAAAUAGUAAGGUCAAUGGAAAGUCUACAAAAGCAAGAUCUACGUCAUCAAAUUCUGGUGCGGCUGAACCCAUCAGUAGUUCAGUAUCUCCUGAUGGCUCACCCACCUUGGAGUCUUUCUAUUCAAGGUUUCACCACCUGAAAAAGAUUUUGGAGGAAGACUCAUCAAGUGAUAGUUCAUCCCUUUUCAGCAGUAAUUCCGAUGAAGGUUCUUGCAGUACUGACAGUACCCGUGAUUCAACUAGCAUGGAUGACUUCUCCGAUUAUAUUUUUGGUGAUUCAGGGCGCGGAUGGAGUAGCACGUGGAGGAAUUCUGAUUCUGACACAUCUUCCUCCUCAUCUCCCUUGAAUUGUAGACAGUCGCCCCUAUCUGAUAUGGACAAGUAUGAUUCAGUUUCUCCAGAGGCAACUAAUUUUCGGAUUCCCACCGGUUCAAGUGCGAAGACAGAUAGGGAUGAUGUUAUUUCUCAUUUGCAUUCUGACACAAUUUUACAGCAUAGAAAGUUGGAUAGUAGUAGCAUUAGCAGCAAUAGUAGUAGUAAGGACGCUGACUCAUUUCUGAAACUAGGAUCUAACCAUUCAAAUGAUAAGAACUCUGUUGUAUCAAGUAGAAAAUCAAGGAAAAGAACGGAAUGAGAAUUUUAUCAAUAGGGAGCUCAGGUGCAGUAAAUAAUAAGGGAUGAUAUGCUAAACAUAAUAAUUGUACCCAUGGAGGUGGCAUUGUUUUAACAACAAAAUGAGCUACACUACAUUUUAUCAA